GACAGACAGACAAACAGACAUAGGUGGGGUAAUUCACUGGAAAUAACAUAAAGAAGGAAUAAAUGCAGAUGUAACGCUACAGUAUGAGAGGAAGGGGAGCAGGCGAGGAGGAACAUCAGCCGCGCCUCAUAUUAAAAUUGGACACACUGAGCUAGCUAUCGCUAGGUAGCUAGCGUAGCCAAUGUAACUAGCGGGUUAACAUAGCAUAGUUUGAGAGAUAGAGAGAAAGAUACGUUUGACCUGUAAGUUAGCCUGCUCACAAAUCCUGCUUUCUGAUUUGCAAGCACCGGAACAUUAUACAUUUCUUUCAACAAGAGAGAAUACUAAUGCAACGCGGCUGAAGAGUGUCGAUAAAAAAAGAAUGGAUCAUAUAUUGAUCUGAAAACGUCCCGACGAAGACGAGCAAGUAGCUAAAACCUAGCUACUGAUAUUGUGAGAUAGCUAACGAUUUAUUCGUUGCAGGAUUGGUACCACAAUAAAACCGUGGAGCUGGCCAUGCCUGCGAGUGUGCGUGCGGGGAGCCUGAAAGACCCAGAGGUGGCUGAGCUCUUCUGCAGAGAUGACCCAGAGAAACUCUUCGCUGACCUGCGCGAGAUCGGCCACGGCAGCUUCGGCGCCGUCUACUUCGCCAGAGAUGUCCGUUCCAACGAAGUGGUGGCCAUCAAGAAGAUGUCUUACAGCGGCAAACAGUCAAACGAGAAAUGGCAGGACAUUAUCAAAGAGGUGAAGUUUCUUCAGAAGCUGCGACACCCCAACAUCAUCGAGUACAGAGGAUGCUACCUGAGAGAGCACACCGCCUGGCUGGUAAUGGAGUAUUGUCUUGGCUCCGCCUCCGAUCUUUUAGAAGUUCAUAAGAAGCCACUCCAGGAAGUGGAAAUAGCUGCUAUUACCCAUGGUGCACUGCAAGGCUUGGCGUAUCUUCACUCCCACAAUAUGAUUCACAGAGAUGUGAAGGCAGGUAAUAUCCUCCUGACUGAACCAGGGCAGGUGAAACUGGGGGAUUUCGGUUCAGCCUCCAUCGUCGCCCCGGCCAACUCUUUUGUGGGCACGCCCUAUUGGAUGGCCCCCGAAGUCAUCCUGGCCAUGGACGAAGGUCAGUACGACGGCAAAGUGGACGUCUGGUCUCUGGGCAUCACCUGCAUCGAGCUGGCGGAGAGGAAGCCACCCUUGUUCAAUAUGAAUGCUAUGAGUGCCUUAUACCACAUCGCUCAAAACGAGAGCCCAGUCCUGCAGUCCAAUCACUGGUCUGACUACUUUCGUAACUUUGUGGACUCCUGUCUGCAGAAGAUUCCUCAGGACCGGCCUACCUCUGACGUGCUGCUGAAUCAUCGUUUUCUGUGUCGAGAGCGCCCCCUGUCGGUGGUCAUGGAUCUGAUAGCGCGCACUAAAGACGCUGUGCGGGAGCUGGAUAACCUGCAGUACAGGAAAAUGAAGAAGAUCCUCUUUCAGGAGACGCACAAUGGACCCACACAAGAAGGAGGAGAGGAAGAGGAGGACGUGGAGCAGUACCUGUUGCGGUCGGGCACAGUGAACAGUAUGGAGAGUUCUCAUUCGGUGCCGUCCAUGUCCAUCAGCGCCAGUUCUCAGAGCUCCUCAGUCAACAGCCUGGCCGACGGCUCGGACGACAGCGCCGAGAUGGCCAUGAUGCAGGAGGGGGAGCAAACCGUCACCUCCAUCAUACACCGCCCUACCGGCCAUGAUAAUAUCUAUGAUGACCCGUACCAGCCUGAGGUGGACUGUCUGCAGCAGCAGCGUGAGCCUCAGUCUGCCUCUGGGACACGCCGCAGAGCUCACUACCGCAACCGAGACCACUUCGCCACCAUCCGCACCGCCUCACUGGUGACACGUCAGAUCCAGGAGCACGAGCAGGGCUCGGCCCUGAGGGAGCAGAUGUCCGGGUACAAACGCAUGAGGAGGCAGCACCAGAAGCAGCUCCUGGCCCUGGAGAACAAACUCAAAACGGAGAUGGACGAACAUCAGCUCAGACUGGACAAAGAGCUGGAGACCCAGAGAAACAACUUCAGCAGCGAGGCUGACAAACUGAGCAAGAAACACCAGGCCAUCCUGGAGAAAGAGAUGAAGGCUGCGCUGGCAGAGGAGAAGAAGUUUCAACAGCACAUUUUGGGUCAGCAGAAGAAAGAGCUCAACAGUCUACUGGAUUCUCAGAAGCGCCAGUACAGACAGCGCAAGGAACAGCUUAAAGAGGAGCUGAGUGAGAAUCAGUCCACGCCGAAGCGGGAGAAGCAGGAGUGGCUGGUGCGACAGAAGGAGUGCAUGCAGCAGGUACAGGCAGAGGAGGAGGCCGGGUUACUACGGCGACAGAGGCAGUAUUACGAACUUCAGUGUCGACAGUACAAGAGGAAGAUGCUGCUGGCGCGACACAACCUGGAACAAGACUUACUCAGAGAGGAUCUGAAUAAGAAGCAGACGCAGAAGGAUCUGGAAUGCGCCAUGUUACUGAGGCACCACGAGUCGACGCAGGAGCUGGAGUUCAGGCAGCUGGCCUCCAUCCAGCGCACGCGGGCCGAGCUGAUCCGCACGCAGCACCAGAGCGAGCUCACCAACCAGAUGGAGUACAACAAACGCCGCGAACAGGAGCUACGGCAGAAACACGCGGUGGAGGUCCGCCAGCAGCCCAAGAGCCUCAAGACCAAAGAGCUUCAGAUAAAGCGUCAGUUCCAGGAGACGUGUAAGAUCCAGACGCGACAGUACAAGGCCCUGCGGAACCACCUGCUGGAGAACACGCCCAAGUCGGAGCACAAGGCGGUGCUGAAGAGGCUGAAGGAGGAGCAGACGCGUAAACUGGCCAUCCUGGCCGAGCAGUACGACCACUCCAUCAACGACAUGCUGUCCACACAGGCUUUGCGAUUGGACGAGACCCAGGAGGCGGAGUACCAGGCCCUGCGGAUGCAGCUGCAGCAGGAGCUAGAGCUGCUGAACGCCUACCAGAGUAAAAUUAAGAUGCACACAGACUCCCAACACGAGCGAGAGGUCAAGGACCUGGAGCAGAGGGUAUCCAUACGCAGGGCACUGCUGGAACAGAGGAUCGAGGAGGAGAUGUUGGCUCUGCAGAACGAGAGGUCAGAGAGGAUCCGUACGCUGCUGGAGAGGCAGGCGCGGGAGAUUGAGGCUUUCGAUUCGGAGAGCAUGCGUCUGGGGUUCAGUAACAUGGCACUGACGGGCAUCCCCGCCGAAGCCUUCAACCAGGGCUACUCCAACCCCCCCUCGGGCCCCGGAGGGUGGCCCUCCCGCCCCGUCCCGCGUUCGGGCAGCCACUGGAGCCACAGCGUCCACAACUCGGCGGCGCCGCCCUCCUGGAGGAGCCAGAACAGCAUGGCAGGCUACAGCCGGGCGGAGUCCAUGGCAGGCCGGGAGAGGGAGAGGAACAUGGAUGGGAUGGGCGGCAGCAGGGGGAUGCCGAGCUCCAUCUCGUCAGCCUCGUCCUCUUCGUCAUCCUCCUCUUCCUCCCAUCACCAUCAUCAUUACCUUCCUCAGCACUACCACCACCACCAGAGCACGCCGCACCUGUACCGCGACAGUCGGGAGAGAGAGAGGGAGCGAGACAGGGAAUGGGGAGGUGUUGGAGGAGGACAUCACUCCUCCUCGUCAUCUUCCUCCUCCCACGGCCACUCGCACCACAUGUCGUCCCACCACGCCUCCUCCCAGUCCCUCGCCGACCUGCCUCCGCCUCCACCUCCACCCCCUAUCUCUCUCUCCUCCACCUCCCCUCCUUCGUCCUCCUCUUCCUCCUCUUCUCAGGGCGGGUACGGAGGCAUCGGCGGAGGGGGCGGGCUGGUAGUUCGUGGUCCGAGCCUGAUGGCCUUGAGGAACAGUCCACAGCCCUUGAGGAGGACUGCCUCUGGAGGAGGGCCCGGAGGAGCAGGAUCAGGGGAGGGCGGGUUAAGCCGCAGCACCUCGGUCACCUCCCACAUUUCCAACGGCUCCCACCUCUCCUAUUCCUAGAGGGAGCAAGGCAGGGGCAAGCGACAACUUUUCAAACACUAACUGUCGGGGUUGAGGGGAGGGAACUGGCUAUAUCAUUUACCAGACACAGCUGGGUCACUCCUAGCCAUUAAGGGUGUAUUAUCCAGAGCAGUAAG